CCACGUGAACUAUCCAUAUUACCCCAGGAGGAAUUCAUUACUCCAUAUCGAUUACCCAUCUCUUUUCUUUUCUGAUUUCUGAGUUUCUAGGAAACCCACCCAUUUUCUUUUAUGGUAUUUGGUUGAUUCUCACUUCCACUCGAGUUUUCCCUUUUUCUCUAAUCUAACUUUCAGUUCUCUUGGCCCCAAAGUCCGCUCUAUCCCUUUCCAGUUGCUGGGUUUUGGGUUCCCAUUGGUUUUCCCUGAAUCGAUGCCCUUCUCUGCGCUUUCGGCUCAUCAUCAACAUGGUCAUGCUGAAUAGUUCCUUCGCCGCGUGGAUCAGCCGCUUGUUCGCUUGCAUGGGGGGUUGUUUUGGAUGCUGCACUAAACCCACACAUAUUAUUGCUGUGGAUGAGCCAUCUAAGGGAUUAAGAAUUCAAGGACGAGUAGUCAAGAAACCGAGCAUAUCCGAUGGUUUUUGGAGCACAAGCACGUGUGAUUUGGAUAAUAGCACCAUUCAGUCUCAACGAAGCAUCUCAUCUAUCAGUACAUCAAACCUCACACACAGUCAAAGCAAUGUUGGUGCAAGUGUGAGCAACCCUUCUGAAUAUGUAAACCAUGGUUUGCUUCUCUGGAACCAGACUAGGUUGCAGUGGAUUGGAAGUAGUAAUACAAACACAACGGAUGAAACUCAAGAACGACAGAAGGCAAAAAUCAGUUGGCGUGCAACAUAUGACAAUUUACUUGGUACGAGACAGCCUUUUCCCCAUCGAAUUCCUUUGUCGGAAAUGGUGAACUUUCUUGUUGAAGUAUGGGAACAAGAGGGCCUAUAUGAUUGAAACUGGUUUUUAUUUUGGAUACAUUCCUUGAAUCUCUAGGAAGCUUCUCAGUGUACGGAUUGCAAAAGGAGCAAAAAGGGUGUUUUUCUUUAUCUUUAUCAAUCCUCCUGCAUUUUUCAGGUGUACAAAUGUAUUAACACCAUUGUGCGCUCGAGCGCUUUUGGGUUCUUAAAACCGAGACAGCAGAAGAAGAACUUGAUACUCAAUAUAGAAUGAUAGAUAGAUAUCUACCAUUUUGUAUGCAUUCUGCUUCGGUUUUCUCCGCUGUUCAUUCUAUGAAUAAGAACACUUUGAAACUCUCCACCAUUC